GUUUUCUUAAUAACAUUGUAUGGCAUCCGGAGUAGGUUGUCAAUUUAUCUGUAGAAUUUUUAUCUGUUUAAAUUGUUCUUAUCACUGGUUGUGACGGCCGCUUUAAUACUAUUUAGUGGUCUCUCGGAUAAUUUUUACUUUAGAGUAGUUAUGCUUUGAGCUGGUUAUCUGUUCCUAAGCUAACAUUAGCUUGUUUGCUGACGUUAUGUAGCAAAUAGCUGUACGUGUGUGAAACAGCCUGUCACAGCCGUCUAAAUUUGUGUGGCUCAGGGUCGCGGGAGCCCGAAACGCUUUGAAACGUCAAGUUUGAAAUGCACGUUUAACUGUCCAGGUGGCACCAUGGCUGACGACCCUCAGAGAAAUUUUCGCUCUGCAUAUUACGAGAAAGUGGGUUUCAGAGGAGUGGAGGAGAAAAAGUCCCUGGAGAUACUACUCAAAGACAAUCCUCUGGAUUUAGAAAAGCUAAGUACCUUCAGUCAGCGGUUCCCCCUUCCUUCCAUGUACAGGAUUCAUGUGUGGAAGGUACUGCUGGGCAUCCUACCUCCACACAGUGACUCUCAUGCUCUGGUUGGGGGCUACAGGAAAGAGCAGUAUCAGGAUAUCCUGGAAGCUCUGGAAGUGAUGAGAUACAUCAACUCCUCCACACCCUCCACCCACGUUUACUUGCGCAUGUUCCAACUGGAGAGCCAGACCCUCCCGCGAUGCUCUGAGACUUCACCCCCGGAUGAAGAGAAUGAAGACUUCCUCUCCAUCAGCCGAGCCAUGGAAGAGAUUGUAGAUGAUCCUGUUGACUGCUACUGGCUCGUCAAGUGUUUUGUCAAUCAGUACCAUACAAAGUUUGGAGACUCAGUACCUCACCUUCCAAAGAGCCUGGAGCAUUAUCUGAGUCAGGAGGAACCUCGACUGCUAAACCAUCUGAAGAACAGCGGAGCCCUGCAUCAGCUGCCCUACAACCUCUGGUUCAGACGCUGCUUUGCUGGCUGCUUGCCUGAAUCCAGCCUGCAAAGGGUGUGGGACAAGGUGAUCAGUGGCUCUUGUAAGAUCCUGGUAUUUGUGGCCCUGGAGAUCCUGCUGAGUUACAAAAUUAUGUUGAUGGGCAUCAACCGUCCAGAGGGCGUGGUCAGAUUCUUGUGCAAUAUACCGCAGGAGAACACAGAUGCCAUUGUCACUAAAGCCAUUGAUUUGUGGCAUAAGUACUCUGGCACCCUGAUCCAUGCUAUAUAGCAACACGGAGCCAGACGAGGAAAAUAUCUGGAACCAGAAGUAAUCUUCUUUCCUGGAAUCCACCUGGACUCGCAAUGCUUCACUAAGACACUGCGGCACUCGCCGUCCACGGGGCUUUGUCUCUGCAUAACUGAACUGAACUGAAAACUCAUCAUGGCUGCUUUUGAUAAGCCAGGGGACCUUUUCAUACCGUCGAUUUUCCAGGUUUUCCCUGCGACUCUGGCAAACCAUUCUGGUGAAAGAGACUUGAGUUGGUGGUGGGUGGAAAAAAAACAAAACAGACAAGGCAGUAACUUAUUUUUUUUUAAUAAGUUUCUUUCUUUAAGAAACUGCAUACAUCAUAGAAGACUCACAAUAAAUUAAUACCCACAUGCAGGUCUUUCUGCUUUACAAAAAACAUUUGAAAAGCCUUUUAAUUUAUGUACAUCCUCUUAGAAUUCUGAGAAGAGUUUUCUCAAAA